GGCCGGGGGCACGGGCUAGGGGCUGUGGGGACGUGUGGAGCCGGGCCAGGGCGGUGGGACAGCCGAGGGUGUAGCGCCGGGCGGUGCCUUGACCCUGCUGCCCUCGCGGGCAGGGGCACGCUGUUGCUCCCCGAGCCCCAUGAAGCUGCGGGACGCCCCGUCCGCCUGCCCGUCCCUGUGGCGGUACCUGCCGUGCCCGCCCGCCGAGCUGCGCCUGGACCUGGUGCUCUCCUCGGGACAGAGCUUCCGGUGGUGGGAGAGCAGCCCGGGGGCCUGGACGGGUGUGCUGGGGGGCCGCGUCUGGACACUACGGCAGGACGGCGACCGGCUCUGGUACACGGUGUACGGCGAGGAGGAUGAGCACAAGGAGGAGGAGGAGCGGGAUGGGUGCCCCGCCAAAGCAGCGAACUUGGACGUCGCCGAGACGGACCGGAUCCUGCGCGACUACUUCCAGCUGGACGUGGGGCUAUCGGCCCUGUACCGUGCCUGGGCGGUGGCCGACCCCCUGUUCCGCAAGGUGGCCAAUGAUUUCCCAGGGGUGCGGGUGCUGCGGCAGGACCCAGUCGAGUGCCUCUUCUCCUUCAUCUGCACCUCCAACAACCACAUUUCCCGCAUCACUGGCAUGAUCGAGCGUCUCUGCCAGGCCUUCGGCCGCCGCCUCUGCUGCCUCGAUUCCCGGCCCUUCCAUGCCUUUCCGUCCCUCUCGGCACUCGCAGGUGCUGAUGCCGAGACCCGGUUGCGGGCGCUGGGCUUCGGGUACCGGGCCAAGUUUGUCAGCGGAAGUGCUCGGGCCAUCGCCGAGGGGCUCGGCCCUGAGGGGCUGUGCCAGCUCCGCACCGCGCCCUAUGCCGAGGCCAGGAGGGUGCUGUGUGCCCUGCCUGGCGUAGGUGCCAAGGCGGAGGCGGUGCCGGUGGACACCCACGUCUGGCACAUCGCACGGCAGCGCUACGGCGUGGCGCUGGGCGGCAAGAGCCUCACCCCCCGGGCCUACCAGGAGAUCGGUGACUUCUUCCGGGGGCUGUGGGGCCCUCAUGCUGGCUGGGCACAGGCAGUGAGUACCUCCCUUCCUGCCACCCUUGCCCCCCACCCCAUGCCCUUGCCAUGCCCACCCCGUUAUCUGCCCACUCCAGGUCCUGUUCUGUGCUGACCUCCGCAAGGGCCAGAAGCCAGCCUGCAGCCAGCAGCAGGCCUGGGAGAGCUGAGGCUGGGGACAGCUAUGGGGGUGGGCUCCUCUAGGGACACCCCAGGAAGAACAGUGACUGGAGAGGGACACUGCACCUGCUGCCAGCCUGGGAUGGAUGGGUGUGGGCAGCUGCCUGUCGCCUGCCCACUGUGUGCAUGGGGGAAGCUGCUGCCCUGGGCAGUGAAGCUGGGGGG